GUUGUGACCAAGACCUUCCACGGAGCGGGCCUGGUGGUGCCUGUUGACCAGAAUGCCGUUGGUUACCGGGAGCUGCCAGAGACAGACGCCAGUCUGAAGAAGCUGUGUAAGGCUAUAGCAGAGGCCAGGUCCGAUGAAGACAGGAUGAAGGCUUUCGGGCCUCUGCAAGAGAUCAUGACCUUCGUCCAGUUCGCUAACGAUGAGUGUGACUACGGCAUGGGGCUGGAGCUGGGCAUCGACCUCUUCUGCUACGGAUCGCACUACUUCUACAAGGUGAUCAGACAGCUGCUGCCCAUGGCCUACAGCCUGCUGAAGAGGGGCUUGUUCGGAGAGAUCCUGGAGGCUCACCUCUCCAGCCGCUCCCACGAAAACCUGGACCAACUCACCUCAGCCUGAAGAAAACCACGGAAGAAGAAGAAGAAGGGGAGAGAGAGAAGAAGAAGAGGGAUGGAUUGUUGUUAUCUCUGACCACCGUGUGUUUUAUUUAGUCUUGUUGUGGUUUUUGGUGCUGCUGUCGUUGAACGGUACCGGGGGCGUCUGUCUCUGUGUGUGCAUAUGUGGAAUAAAGGAUUAUAUUUCUAAGA